AUGGACCUCGACACUGGCGACUCCCCGUGGGGCGAUGAACCCUCGUCAUCCACGACAACUAGCCCACCUCCUAAGCCCGAUACCAAAGGAAGUGCUCCUGCUCCAUCCGCUCCGUCCGCGGCGCGAGCGGAGGUUCGUACCCCCGGAAGACGAGGGCCACGAGGCAAAGUUAGCGCACAGCCUACACGACUGGAAUCUGUAGAUGAUGCAGUCGACCCACUUGGUCCCUUAGGAGAAGCUCCUGCGGAGACCAGUGCAACACCUACCGAUGAAGCCCCAGCACCUCCCCAGAAAGAAACAUUUGCUGCACGCGGUCCUCAGCCCCCCUCGACCUUUUCUCAGAUCACAGGCGCGGGUGGCCUGGCCGACUCUGUUAAUUUAGAAGAGGAUGGUGCUGGGUUCAGAGGACCUCCGCCCGUACAGCCCGCAGCCGAUUCAGAAGGUCCAAGACGUCAGACCCAGCCUAGUAUGAGUGUGGAACAGGCUGCGAAACCAACUUUUGAUAUCGCCGUCGGUGACCCACACAAAGUGGGAGAUUUGACUAGCAGCCAUAUUGUUUAUCAAGUUCGGACAAAGACUACUUCGAAAGCAUACCGCCAGCCUGAAUUCGCAGUGAGUCGCCGAUACCGGGAUUUCCUCUGGUUAUAUAACUCCAUGCACAAUAACAACCCCGGAGUGGUUGUUGCUCCUCCCCCGGAGAAGCAAGCCGUGGGCCGAUUUGAUACCAAUUUCGUCGAGUCCCGAAGAGCUGCUCUUGAGCGAAUGUUGAAUAAGAUUGCCACUCACCCAAUUUUGCAACACGAUGCGGAUCUGAAGAUUUUCCUGGAGAGUGAGGCUUUCAACGUCGAUGUCAAGAAUAAAGAGAACAGAGAACCAGAUCUGGGCCAAAGCAAAGGCAUGUUUGGCUCAUUUGGUAUUUCUGUUGGCGGAGGAAACAAGUUCGUGGAACAUGACGACUGGUUUCACGACCGCAAGGUUUAUUUGGACGCAUUAGAGAACCAGUUGAAGGCGCUCUUAAAAUCAAUGGAUACAGUCGUUGCGCAACGGAAGGGACUUUCUGAAGCUGCGGGCGACUUCUCGAGCUCAUUGCAUGCUCUUUCGGCUGUUGAACUUUCGCCGGCAUUAUCCUCGCCAUUGGAUGGACUCUCGGAGCUUCAACUACGCAUUCGCGAACUAUAUGAACGCCAGGCUCAACAGGAUGUUUUGACACUUGGGAUCACCAUCGACGAGUACAUUCGCUUGAUUGGCAGUAUCAAGACGGCUUUCAGCCAACGGCAAAAGGCUUUCCAUAGCUGGCAUGCGGCAGAGUCGGAUCUUCAAAAGCGCAAGAAUACCCAAGAGAAAUUACUUCGACAAGGAAAGACUCAACAAGAUCGACUAAAUCAAGUCAAUGCCGAUGUCGCUGAUGCCGAGCGCAAGGUGCACCAGACUCGAUUGCUAUUCGAAGAUAUGGGCCGUCUAAUGCGAAACGAAUUGCACCGAUUCGAGAAAGAGAAAGUGGAGGAUUUCAAGUCGGGUGUUGAGACUUUCCUGGAAAGUGCCGUGGAAGCUCAAAAAGAGUUGAUCGAGCUGUGGGAGACUUUCCUCCUGCGUCUCGAUGCCGGUGAAGAUGGCGUUCCAUACUAUGUUCCAACCUCGCAAACCGAUGAGCACGGUGAAGGUUUUGCCGCAGAGUCUACGCCAUCACAGCUUGAACCCGCUCCGGUGGCUGAGGGUCAAGAGUGA